GGUUUUAAUUUACAGCAUUCUUUCAUUUCCGCAUGUCGGGCACAUCGUCCAACGAACGUGGAGACUACAAAAAUGUCGCACUUGAGGAAGAGGAUAUCGUCGAGAUGAAGAAGGCGAUUGCGACGGGGUCGAAGGAAUCGACGGCCGUAUCAUCGCUCCCGCCUAUAGCAUGCUACUGCUUUGCGUCAAUUCUUAUGACGGUGGUGAACAAGUUUGUUGUGUCAGGGAGCAAUUUCUCCAUGAACUUCCUGCUCUUGUGCAUUCAAUCAACAGUAUGCGUCGGCUGUGUGCUAGCAGUAAAGAAACUUGGAGUCAUCUCUUUCCGCACAUUUGACGUACAAGACGCAAAGGCGUGGUUCCCCAUCAGUUUCCUCCUCGUCACCGUAAUCUACACUGGGUCAAAGAGUUUGCAAUUUCUAUCUAUUCCCGUGUAUACGAUAUUCAAAAACCUGACCAUCAUCCUCAUCGCAUAUGGGGAGGUUCUCUGGUUCGGUGGCCGAGUUACAGCACUUACUUUAGUAUCCUUCCUAUUCAUGGUUGUCUCGUCGGUCAUCGCAGCUUGGGCGGAUAUUGCGAGCGCUAUGAAUGACGCUCUCGUCCCCGGAGAGUCCGCUUCUGAUUUCGGUGGGCUGAGUUCUGUAACAGGGGUUGUUCGCGGUAUGAACAUUGGGUAUUUAUGGAUGCUUAUCAACUGCUUUACCAGCGCUGCCUAUGUUUUGGCAAUGCGCAAACGAAUCAAGGCAACGGGAUUCUCGGAUUGGGACUCGAUGUUCUACAACAACUUGCUUUCUAUCCCCGUCUUGAUUAUCUUCUCCUUCAUAGUCGAAGAUUGGGGUUCCGCAAACCUCGUUCGCAACUUUCCGCCUGAGACCCGUAAUCUCCUCCUAUUUGCCAUUGCCUUCUCUGGCGCGGCCGCAGUCAGCAUAUCGUACACUACGGCAUGGUGUAUACGCGUGACGAGCAGUACGACAUACAGCAUGGUCGGCGCCUUGAAUAAGCUGCCUGUCGCGGCGUCUGGAAUGAUCUUCUUCGGCGACCCCGUUACGACUGGAUCGGUGUCAGCAGUGUCGGUCGGGUUCUUCGCAGGGAUUGUGUACGCGAUCGCAAAGAACAAUCAGAAGAAGGCAGAAAGCGCAUCGAGGGUGCCAGAAUCGAUCAUUCCGUUGUCGAAUCGGAAACCAUAG